GGGUUUGAUAAUUGGUAAAAGUGUUGACUCGUGGCGAUGUUUAGCAUAGUUCUGCUAUAUAAAUAUGCAGUACAGUCAGUGUACAACUAUUGAAAUACAGCAAGGACAUUUCACUCUGCAUGUUGAGUCCACAAGGGAUUCGUCUCCAAGAGAAGGUGCGCGUGUCCCAACUCAUAUUUCUAGUAGUAAAUUGCAGCUAUUCGGUGGAGAAACAGACUGAGCUGGUGGAACGAAAAAACGCAUGCAGGGGGAGGAGGAAAAUCUAGUGACACCGUGAAAUUGCAUUAAACAUGCCAUUCUCUGCUCCGAGGACGUCCAUGCUCCCCAAACUCUCAUCUGCUCGCUGAAUGGAUGCCGCGGCCGACAGAAGUUUGACGCAGAAAGCUCACACGAGAAAAGAGUUGCCUCCAGCAGCUUUCGUUUCACGGAAACAAUAACGGCCUUAUUUACCUGUCACCAUCGCACCAUCAUUUUUAUGACAGUGGUCUCACGAAAAAUUCGGAUAUCAGAUGCGCUAUUAAUUUUCUUUUGAGGAAAAAGAACUCGAGAAAGAGCGCUUGACCGAAAGAGGUCAAUAAAUAAGGAGUACGUUUUUUUUGCUCCGGAUAAAGACUUCUAAAAUGCACUUAUUUGGAAUAUCUGUUCUCCUUGCCAAUUCUGCGAUUCUCUACGCAAAUCUAGCCAGUGAAUCGAGUCAUGAAUUCAGUCAUGACUAUUAUGAUUAUGAUCAGGAUCAAGGGGAGGCACCGGAGCCGUCGGAGCCAGACCUUGAGCAGCAGCUGCGCUCCGUGGCCAGUGUUGACGAACUGAUGAGGAUAGUGUACCCUAACUACUACAGCAUGCUCAGUUGCCGGUCAAAGCGAGGCGCACGCUUCACCCUGAGAGGGGAACACACAGCCACGGAAACGCGGUCGAGCGGCGAACUGCCGGCGUACGCUGGUGCUCCCUUCAACCCUGACACACUGAAAAGUAUUGAGUCAGAGUGGAAAAAGACCCAGUGCAUGCCACGAGAAGUUUGUUUAGAUGUGGGGAAAGAGUUUGGGGCGGCUACAAACACCUUCUAUAAACCACCCUGCGUGUCUGUCUACAGAUGUGGGGGCUGCUGCAACAGCGAGGCGCAUCAGUGUAUGAACAUCAGCACCUCCUACAUCAGCAAGACGCUGUUUGAAAUCACAGUUUCCAGCAGUACAAUUAACAACCUAGUGACUAUCAGCUUUGCCAACCACACCGUGUGCAAUUGUCUGUCCAAACUGGACGCCUACAAACAAGUACACUCCAUCAUACGACGAUCUCUACCAGAAUGUCUGGUAGCCAAUAAAACCUGCCCAAAGAACCACAGCUGGAGCAACCGCUUGUGCAGAUGUAUGGCGGUGCAACGCGACACCCCUUCCCCGCCCCAGACACAACGAUCGGACUCGUUUGAAGCAGACGUCUGCGGGUCAGAUAAGGAGUUGGACGAGGAGACGUGUCAGUGUGUGUGCAGACGACAGCGUCGGGCCUCGGGCGCAUGCGGACUCCACCGCUACCUGGAUAAGAACACGUGCCAGUGUGUGUGUAAGACGCUCCCAUCGUCCUGUGGGCCGCACCAGCUUUUCAAUAAAGACACGUGCCAGUGUGUGUGUAAGACGCUCCCAUCGUCCUGUCGGCCGCACCAGCUUUUCAAUAAAGACACGUGCCAGUGUGUGUGUAAGACGCUCCCAUCGUCCUGUCGGCCGCACCAGCUUUUCAAUAAAGACACGUGCCAGUGCUCCUGCGCCAGGACAUGCCCCAAGCACCAGCCGCUCAACCGCACCAAAUGUGCCUGCGAGUGCAACGAGUCACCCAACAGGUGCUUCCUGAAAGGCAAAAGGUUCCACCAGGCCACCUGCAGUUGCUACGGACCACCUUGUGACGUGCGGAGGAAUCGGCGCUGUGCAUCAGGUUUUUACUUCAGCGAGGAGGUCUGCCGGUGCGUACCAACAUACUGGAGAAGACAGGAUUAACUUUGAGUUCACAUUAUGCAGCUGACCUGCUAACCGAUUAUAAUGAUUAUAAUCUAUUAUGCUAGCCGCAAUCAUGUGGAGAAGUACCUAGCCUGGACCUAGGUCGGGAAAGGGUUGAAAGGACACCGAGUUUGUGGGCUACUUUGGAAUUAUAAAGUGGCACUUGGGACAUAUUAUGGACAUAUUGAUGUGAACCCCAAAUAUCAUGAGAGGAUCUAAUGAAAAGACUGAAGGAUGGGGAGCAAUUUUGUAUUUUUUUGAUAUUCGUACGUCAGAUAUUGAUUAUAUAAUUUAUUGCCACUAAAUGUUUGCAAUUUCUUUGUUUAUUGCAAUUUCAAUCUUUCCAAGAAAAUACACUGUGAUCAAUAUGUGUGUUUCAUGUGAUGCCUUUUUAAAAUUAAAGUUGUAUAUUGUUAACUUAUUUCUAAUCUAGUUUAUCAUAUUGAAUUGUAGUUACUGAUUGUAAAUAACUAAAGUACACACUUAUCUUACAAUUAUGAUCUUAUGGCAGGCUAUAUUUACACAACAAAAAUGUAAUUUAAAUUUCCAUUAUGAAUUAACCCAAAAUAGCAUGUCAUUUCUGAACUGCCAUCCACAGCAUACACAUUUAUGUUAGAUACUUGAAAAUAUACUAUAUAUCACUUUUAUCUUUGGUCAACCACCUCACCAGCAAUACUAACAUUGGACUCUCAGUUCUAGGAUCAUGAUGAUAGGGCCAUACGUUUUCCCAGGUUUGGCCCAUUUUAUGACAUGAUGAGGAUAUCCUAUGAAUGGAAAUCACCAGUAGGAGACCUCCAAGGAAGGGAUACCGUGAACUAAUACAUGAAUCCUGCCUUGUCAAUGAAUGAAUACUACUACUAUGGAGAACCCUAAUCGGCAAAUUGGACAAGGAUAUCCAAUCUACAGUACAGCAGUAUGAAGACCAGUAUGAGAAUGCUCCUAAUCUUCUGACCAAAACUCAUUGGACAAGUGAAUGGAUGUUUCAAAGUCGACCAUGAAAGAGACAACGGGCUAAGGACAAACGGUUACACAGAUGUUUCUAAGGUGCUCACUCCGUAUGGGUUUAAAGAAGAGCAGGUUGAGUUGCUGUUAUAGUGUUGAAGUAUGUCAUGGUCAUUUUCUACGUCGACUGUAUUUGUAUUGUUCCUAUGUUUUUCUACUGGAAAAUAAAUCACCAAUUUCGCAAGA